CAGCAAAAGUAAAAAAGAAAACCCUAACACUAAUGCAAUCUCACAUUGACUUAACGCGUACAGUAUCUUCUAAGGACUUCGUUUUUCACCUCACUCCGCGAUCAGAUCAGGCUUCUCACUGUCAAUAGAUUGUUGCCUUUACCCUUAAUCUCAAUUCCCUGGAAUGGACCACUAUUCCAUGCCGGCGCCGAGAAGGGGUGAGAUGAAGCAUAAAGGAAGAAAUGUAGUUUGGUCUGUUGCAAUGGACAAGUGUCUUAUUGAAGCUCUGGCCAUUCAGGCUAAAAACGGCAAUAAGAUUGACAAAUGUUUCAACGAAAAGGCAUAUACCGCUGCUUGUAUUGCUGUGAAUUCUCGUUUUCAUUUGAACUUGAACAAUCAAAAAGUCGUGAAUCGUCUUAAGACAAUCAAGAAAAGGUACAAGGUAAUGAGAGAUAUGCUAAGUCAAGAUGGAUUUUGGUGGAAUCCAAAUACGAAAAUGAUCGAAUGUGACAAUGAAGAUCUCUGGGAGAGCUAUGUGGCGGCACAUCCUGAUGCAAAAGGGUUCCGAAGAAAACCGAUCGAGAUGUAUGAUGAGCUAAAGAUUGUUUGCGGAAAUUACCAAGCGCCUUGUCGUUGGGCGAAGAUGAAGGAUGGAAGUCAUCCAACAAGCUAUAAGAACUUUGAAGAAGAAUCUGCUUCUUUUGUAUCCCCGAGUUCAGAUGACGCAAGUGAUACCGAUGGAACACAGUCAUUUACCGGGCCCCCGGAGUAUUUGCAAGACGGUAGCCUCCAGAAGAUUCAAAACCAACUGUCCACAUUAAAGGCCACUGUGAGUCACCACUAAAGUUUGGUGACUCACCAAACUGCCACUCUAUUAUCCGGUCCGAGAUGAGCGCCGGUGAUGGCUAUAAAGCCAUCAACCGAACCUGCAAAGAAAAACCAGAGGAAAAUGAGCAACCCAGCAACCACUAAAACACCAAAAUAACCAGGAAAAGACGGAG